AUUAGUUCCUGACUAAUAUCUGCCACAAGUCUUGGAGCGUGAUCACGAGUCAUGGUUCCAUUACAGUUCAGAGUGGAGCUUCUUCUUGCCAUACUUAUACUUGCUCAGCGCACCCACUUUGAAAAUAUUUUCGCCUGCAUAAGACUCGGAUUAAUGUCUAAACACACCAGGAGUACUUCUGAUGAACCAGAUUCGUCCAUUCAGCAGGUGAAGAAGACCAAAAACGACAUCGACAUUCGGGCGCUACUUGAUGCGGCAUACAGUAUCAAGACCUUUCACCCAGGCCUGCGCACAGCGUACAACAUAAACACCGCCCUCACUACCAUGUUCGACAAAGACUCCAAGGUCUCUCAAAUUGGUGCCAUCGUGUCCUACUUCGAGCACCAGAAACCGCCCAAACAAGCGCAGGUGAGCUGUCGUACUGUAGAGGUUAAUCUGAGUCUCAUCGAUAUACGACAGAAACAAGUAUUGGACAAGGUCAUUUCCAUGCAAAAGCAAGGCGUAAAUUUGUUGAGACGAUACGCAUUUGGUCGACUCGGUCCUAUGACGAUCAAAAGAGAGCUCAAAGUAACCCGUCGAGACUGCGAAUUCAACGGCAAACUCGGCCAGCUCAACAAAGACAUUCUCCACUCGUGGCUCCAGAACACCAUCAUCUCAAGGUAUGGCGACACCGCGGAUCUCCAAACCAAAGUAGAUAUCAACGUUCGAAACGCGCGAGAAAUCAACGCAGAUGAAUUUACCGUGGAGCCCGAGUUGCUAGACGAGAUUGCAAAGAUCUGGAAAGAGAACUUCAUCCCCGGCGAUGUCCGUGUCGAGCCACACAAAAUCCAUAUCUACGGAGAAGGCGGUCACUUCAAGGCUCAUCGCGACGCCUUGGAACAUGGCCUCGUGGGCAAAUUCCUCGUCGGACUGUAUGACUCUGCAGGAACGUCCAGCUUCGGGAACUUUCACAUAGACAGCAACUACUUACAUACAGCGGCGGGUAGUUGGGUUGCCUUUCACCCCGAUGUCCCACACGAAGUGACGCCUCUGGCUCCGGGAUGUGCGCGGGCCGUCAUCGCGUUCAAGUUAUUCAGCACCGGGGAUCCGAAUGAGGCCGCGACCCGUUUUGCUGACUUGGUCGACGAAACCGAGCCUGUCCUCCAGGGCAUUCCACGUCCUUUUGGGAUAAUCCUCAGCCGCAAGUACUCGACGGGGACGGAAGUCGAGCUCAACGGAUAUGAUGCAGUGAUGUUGUCGGCGGCUAGACAGAUAAACGGAACAAGAGUUCGCGUCAUUCCUGUUGUCAUCAGGCUGCUCGAAGAACGUUAUUACGACGAAGAAGAGAGCCUGACUCGGAACUACGUUUCCACUCAAGUUAAGCCGUUUACGCAGGCGCAUGUGGAUCUCCAGCUUGGACGUAGAUCUAGCGAGGUUAAGGAGGAGUGCGCCUGGUUUGAAUGGUUCAAAGAGGUCCCGUUCUACAGUUGGGAUCUGAGGAGCAGCGCUGCUCAAUGGCAGCAUUAUGAGCAUAACAUUGGUUACCCUGAGCCAGAUGGGACACGGCACGAUUCGUUACAUCUCUCUUGCGCUAUCGUAGUUGUACCUGGGAAAGCUGAGAAAGCAUCAGGAGAGAGGUAUUUACCACGUCGUGUCCGCCCAAUGUUUCGUCGUGUACGCCAAGGACGUAGCUGAAAUUGUUCCAUUAGGGGUACGCAAUACAUAAUAAGUACUUACUCGUUGCUUAUGUUCUUGACGACAAAUCGCGCAAGUUCCAAGGAGCAGAGAGAUACCA